CACCAUCGCUCUUAUUCAGCAAAGGUUUGAGCAAGCCAUGGUUACCUUCAGCCGGUUCACAGGAGGUGAAGGAACUCUGGCUGGACUCACUUCUUGGGCAAGCAAAAGGACUAAAGGAAACCAGAGCAUCCAGAGCUCCUCCAAUCAAACUCCUAAUGAAAGUGUUAAGCAGCUGCAAUACUUCAAAGACAGUAAAUGCUGGGAAUAUGGAGAAUCUGAUUGAGUGCCAGACAGAGGCUGAUGCCGAGAAAUGUCCCCUGUCAGCAGAUACUGAAGACAGACUUUGCCUCUCAAAUGCAGAUGGAAUAAAGAAAAGAAAGAAGGUGAUAUCGCAGUCAUUUACUCUGAGACGAAGCCUUACCAAAAGAAAUUCCUCAGGUCAGCUAGACUUGGAUGCCAAAAUCACUCUGUUUGGCCAUCCUCUGGCACUUAUCUGUGGGGAAGAUGACACACUGCCCCAGCCAAUCCAGGAUCUCCUAGCAAUAUUGUAUAUGAAAGGACCUUCUACUGAAGGGAUAUUCAGAAAAGCUGCCAAUGAGAAAGCACGAAAGGAGUUGAAGGAGGACCUAAACAAAGGCAGGAAUGUUGAUUUGAAAAGCAAAUCUGUGCACCUGCUGGCAGUGGUUUUGAAGGACUUUCUCCGAAAUAUUCCCUCCAAACUCCUAUCGGCUGACCUCUAUGAGAAAUGGAUGCAAGCUCUAGAGAAGCCAAGCAAGCAAGAAAAAAUUGAAGAAUUGAAAGAGGUGGCUGACAAGCUGCCGAGACCAAACCUCGUCUUGCUCAAGCUCUUGCUCUCUCUGCUCCACCACAUCAGCCAAAAUGCUGAGACCAACAGGAUGGACUCCAGCAACCUGGCCAUCUGCGUUGGCCCAAAUAUGCUGAGCCCAGGGACGGAAAACACGCUCCCGCUGGAAGUGCAGAAGGAGAUGAAUGACAAGGUGACAGUGUUGGUGGAGUUCCUCAUAAACAACUGCUCAGAAAUAUUUGAGGAGGACAUUGGCUUCCCUGCCUGUGCCUUGGCUAAGGAGUCACCAGAGCACACAGACAGCUCCACAGAACAACUCUGUGCAGCUCAUCAGAAUGACUCUGCCUAUGACAGCCCAGAUCCUGAAGCAGAAGGCAGCCCCUGUAACUCUGAGAUGGAGCAGGCCAAAGGGAGGAGUGCUACUGUGAGCAGAAAAUAUCCAACAAAUAUCUCUGCCCCUUCACUGACUAAUUUCAGAAAUGACAUCAGCACAAUGGACAGGAGGUACUCAGAGUCUGAUCUGUCCUUCCAGAACUGCCUUGAUGACACAAUAAGGAAACAAAGGCUAAACAAAAGUGAGGACAAUUUUCCAGUUCAGCAGAAACAGCAAUGGAUGGCAGCACUGGAGGAACGUCUUGCAGGCUUACCUUCACAAUUAUCAACUGACUCUCUACCCAAAACAUCUUCUAGUUGCUCCCUGGAGAGCUCUGAUGGCUCAGUUUUCACCAGCUCCCCAGUAGUUUCACCCUCUAGCCCCAAAAAAACCUUUUUAACUAGGCCUCAGUCCUUUUCUACCAAGGCCACUGAAGACUGCAGUACACCUAGCAGAGAGAUCAAAAAACAUUCUAUGUCAUUCUCUUUCGCAAACCGCAGGAAAACACUAAUAAAAACCCAGAGUUGGGAGCUUGGAAAAAACACGAUUUUUCAGAGGGACAGUUUCACAAAGAAAGAAGAUCAGUUCUCCUGCAGAAUUGUCCAGGAGGACAACCGUAAUGAUGACAAACGAUUGUCUGUGGAGUAUCAGCAAAGGCUCCGUCUCAGGUCAGUUGAUGAAGUGUUCAGAGAGGUAGACCAGAAAAACCCUGGAAGACCACCCUCUUACGAAGAGGCUGUUAAAAACUGCCUGGCCACUAAAGUUCUCUCCCAAAAUCUCACGGUUCAAUCUCUGAGAUUAGCAGUGUCAAACCAGGAUGUUUUGCUCCCUCACCCACAAAGCCACAGUGCACAGGACACAGCAUAUAUGGAUCUGAGGGAUCUACGCAGUGCCAGAGUUUCUGCAACAAAGGAUUCUGACAUGGAAACUGAAACCUUCAGCAUCACUGUAGGAGUAAACUCCCGUGUGAAUUUACCUGUGACCCCAGGAGUCUACCGGAUGAGAGCAAUGUCUGAGUCCUGUCAAAAGAACAAACUUGAGUAUGUGGCUCGGAGGUGCAGCCAGCCAGUUUUUGAGGUGGAGCAGAUCCAGUAUGCUAAGGAGUCCUAUGUUUAAAAAGCCUGUCCUUCUUCUUUGCACUGUACAAAGUAAAUAUUGUAAAAAUAGACAUCUUGCUAAUCAUUUGUAGGAUUUUACUUUCAAGACACAAAGAAUAAGCUAGCUCUUAAUGAACUCUUUUUUUUCUGAAGUGUCAGUCAGCUUGAUGUGUCACAUCCUUUCACCCACUGCAAGAGUUGUUGCUGGUGAAGACCUGUGUAUCAUUAUGUGAAAAUAUAAGUUAGUAUGCUGUACAUAACCUGUUGUGUGGGAAGAGUAGUUAGCAGAUAAUGAACAAUGUUGUAUUUGUUUUUCUGAAAUGACAAUUAAAAGGUUGGCAGGUACAAAACCUGUCUCACCUUUUUGUUUUCUAUAUGGUCACAGACCCUGUACCAUUUUUCAUGUAUGUAUGUAUGUGUCCCAGGCUGAUGCAGCGCUUUGCUGAUUUUCUGCAUUAAAUGUGGACUGGUAGUUA